UUGUUCACCAUUCAGGUUGAAAUUACUUAUACCAACUGCGCCAUACGUGUCACGUCUUCAAUACUCAACUCGGUGCAGAGAUGAGGAGCACCAUCAUAUUCGCCAUCGUUUUCCUCGCGACGGGAGUACGAUGCAACCAUUUGACGCAGGUCGUGCAGACAGACAAAGGGCCCGUUCAGGGCAUAACGAUGAAAACAUUGUUUAACGAUCGCGAGUACUCAGCCUUCCUCGGGAUUCCCUUCGCGAAACCACCGGUAGACGAUCGCAGAUUUAAGGACCCUGAAGAAAUUGACCCAUGGACCAAAGUGCUAAACGCUACAAGUCAGGCACCAGCAUGUGCCCAAGGUUACUUCACUGGGCCUAUAGGGAAGGAAGAUUGCCUGUACCUAAACGUAUACGUCCCAGGUGGUGGAUCCAGUGGCGGUGGCGACUUGAAACCAGUGUUGUUUUGGAUAUACGGCGGUGGAUUCGUAUCAGGAGUGUCUUUCCAGGGCACGUACGGACCCGACUGGUUUAUAGAGGAGGACAUAAUCAUGGUUGCAACGAACUAUCGCCUCGGUGCUCUAGGAUUCCUGUCACUUGGUCUUCCUGAUGCAUCGGGCAAUCAAGCUCUGAAGGAUCAGAACAUGGCUAUGCAGUGGGUGCAAAAGAAUAUUGCAAAUUUCGGUGGCGAUCCUAAUCGAGUGACCAUAAUGGGUGAGAGCGCUGGCGCUUGCUCGGUGAUGAAUCACGUAGCGUCGCCCAUGUCGGCAGAUUUGUUCUCGCAGGCCAUCAUUCAGAGCGGUACUGCCUUGGCUCCGUGGUCGUUCAAAACACCAGCGCAAUCCCUCGCGAUAGGCUUUACGUUCGGCACCAUGCUGGGGAUUGUGACUCCGAGUAACGAGGACUUACUUAAGAGGCUGAAGCAAGUUGACAUAGCUGAUAUCGUGAUGGCAUCAUUGGAAAUGACCGCCGCCAGUGCAGUCACACCCAUCAUGAUACCGUGGGGACCUACGUACGAAACUAACACUGAUAACGAUUUCCUGGACAAUUGUCCUUUAUCGUUCAUGGAAUCUGGAAACUACAACCAAGUUCCUAUAUUGAUGGGUUACAACAAGAACGAGUCGUUGCUGUUUGGAAUUGCGAUUGAAACGAUGCGGGCGGAGUUGAUCGGUGGUCUGGACACCCUCGAUAGGUUAUCGUUUGGCGCGACUAAGCUUUUCUCGAAAAUGUUGGGGAAAAUAGCCAAUGGCACUGAAGACGAGAUAUUGAAGAUAGCUGACUUGUACUUGUUCACCGCGCCGGCUGAUCUGGCGCAAAGGGUUUUGCAGAGGAAUAACAGUGGCAACCCCAUUUACUAUUACCGAUUGUCGUACGACACGGAGCACAAUUUCCACAGAUUCCUCGAACCAAGAAGAGGAGGUACGGCUCACAUGGACGACCUUCCUUUGCUGUUACCUAUGUAUGUCAUCCAGCCCACUGAUCCUCAAGACCCCUACAAUGUGUACUCCAAAAGGCUCGUCACACUGUGGUCCAAUUUCAUCAAACAUGGAAAUCCUUCACCAGGCAAGAAUGCCAGUAACGACACAACGUGGAAACGAUCAGGAGAUCAAGGAUUGCAGAUAGAUUUUGGCAACGAAGACUUCGUCAUGCACGACCGUUUGAUGAGUCCAGAGGAUGAGGAGUACGAGAAGGCGUUCUACUCUAUCUUGCCAGUCCUCCAAGGCUGCUUGAAUUCUACAGACAGCAACGACGGCAAGAAUAAAGAAACAAAGACUGAAGCACCAAACGAAACGAAGAAUGAGGGACCAAACGAAAAGAAGGAUGAAGGACCAAACGAAAAGAAGAAUGAAGAUCCAAACGAAAAGAAGCAUGAAGGACCAACUGAAAAGAAGCAUGAAGGACCAACUGAAAAGAAGAAUGAAGCACCAACUGAAAAGAAACAUGAAGCGCCAACUGAAAAGAAACAUGAAGCGCCAACUGAAAAGAAACAUGAAUUCGAAAAGAUGCGAGAAUACGAAAAGAAGCAAGAAUACGACAAGAAGAAUGAAUACGAAAAGAAACAAGAAUACGAAAAGAAGAAUGAACGGUUCAACCAAUGGUUCCAAUCGCAGAAUCAACAGAGUUACUUAUACCAACUGCGCCAUACGUGCCACGUCUUCAAUAUUCAACUUGGUGCAGAGAUGAGGAGAACCUUCUUCUUCGCCGUCGUUUUCCUCGUGACGGGGACACUAUGUCUAGAAUUGACGAGUGUCGUGCAGACCGAUAAGGGUCCCAUUCAAGGCAGGAAAAUGGAGACUGCGUUUAACAGGGUCAAAUAUUCUGCCUUCCUCGGGGUUCCCUUCGCGAAACCACCUGUAGGCGACCUGAGAUUCAGGGAUCCCGUUGAACCCGAUCCGUGGAACGACGUGGUAAAUGCUACAGAGGAUGGACCCUUCUGUAUACAAUCUUUCAUCAUUGGACCUUUCGGAAAGGAAGACUGCCUGUACCUGAACGUAUACACUCCUGUUACCGACUUCAGCAGCGGUGGCAAGUUGAAACCAGUCCUAUUUUGGAUCUACGGGGGUGCAUUCGCUCUAGGAAUGGGUACAAAUGCUGUAUACGGGCCUGACUGGUUCCUGGAGGACGACAUAGUCGUAGUCUCUGUAGCCUACCGUCUCGGUGCUCUAGGAUUUAUGUCACUCGGUAUUCCUGAAGCCUCAGGCAAUCAAGGUCUGAAGGAUCAGAAUUUGGGUAUGCAGUGGGUGCAGAAGAACAUCGAGAAAUUCGGUGGCGAUCCUAACCGAGUGACCAUAAUGGGUGAAAGCGCUGGUGCUUGCUCGGUGUUGCACCACUUGGCGUCACCCAUGUCGAAAGGUUUGUUCCAUCAGGCAAUCGCCGAAAGCGGUUCCUCCUUGGUCCCGUGGGGUUACAAAUCACCGAUGGAUGCUCUGAUGGUUGCGCAAUCGUUUGGCGCAUUUGUGGGAUACCCCUCUUUAACAGGCAAGGCGUUAGUAGAGAAAUUACAGAAAAUGGACGCCAUAGAGCUCGUAAAGGCGUCUGGAAAAUGGGCCUUCAUCGGUGCAGUGAGUCCUCUCAUCCUGCCGUGGGCUCCAACGUAUGAAUGUAACUCUGACAAUCCUUUCCUGACCAAUUGUCCUCUGUCGUACUUGAAAUCAGGAAACUACAGUCGCGUUCCCGUAUUGAUGGGUUACAAUAAAGAAGAAGCUGUUCUAUUCGCGCCAGUGGUAGAAGUGCUACGACAGGUGCUCUCCUCCAAAUUGCACGCCAUUAAUAGGUUAUCGUUGAACGCGGCUUGGCCUUUCACUCAGAUGAUAGAUAUGUGCGCGAACGGUACCGAACAACAGUUGAUAGAGUUGGCAAACGGACUGUUGUUCCAAGCGCCAAUCGAUCUUACGCAGAGGUUGCUGGUCAAGCACAAUGGCGACAAGCCUGUUUACUUCUACCGAUUCUCCUACAACACAAACCGUAAUAUACACAAAAUGGUAGUGCCACGACAGGACGGCGCGGCUCACACCGACGAACUUCCUCUGCUGUUCCGCAUGGGUCUUAUGAACCCCGCUGACCCAGACGAUCCUUAUAACGUGUACUCCAAGAGGUUUGUUUCUCUGUGGACGCAUUUCAUCAAAUAUGGUAAUCCUACUGAUUCCGAGAAUAAAGUAAGCAAGGCAGACUGGAAACCAUCGGGCGAGAAUGGGCUGCAAAUAGAUAUCGGAAACGAGGUAUUCGAAAUGCACAAUCGUUUGAUGAACGAGGACGGUAAAAUGUUUCAGGGGAUAUACGCUGCUGCGUUACCAUUCAUAACUGGCUGCAAGGAUGCGAACGAUACCAGUCUGUAUGACAAUAGUAAUAACGGUUCGUAA